AUGGGCCCUCACAAAACAGGGUGUCUGGUACCAACAUGUAUACACGCAUGCCACACCCGUGUAUCUGCCGCCGCCCACCCCCUACCCCGGGACGCCUCCUGUCUGCGGAAGUUGCUCCACGGCUGUCUGUGCCCGCCCUCAGGGAAAGUGGGCGCGGUCCUGAUGGUGGUCCUCAUGUUCUCCCUGGGGUGGGCGGCCCUCUGGUCCGUGACGAAGAAGGAAGUCCUCCCCAACGGCAGCCUCUAUCCCGUGUUUAUCCUGUUCGUCUGCUCCUGGUGUGGAGGGUACCUGGUCAAGCAGACUCCGUUCCCGCCCCUCAUUGGGAUGCUGAUCGUGGGGUUUGUUCUUAAGAACGUGACCUACAUAGACAUAGCAGAGAAGAUCAACCCACAGUGGUCAUCAAAUGCCAGGUCAAUGGCCUUGACCGUCAUACUGACCAGGGCGGGACUCAGCCUUGACCCAGGGGCUCUCAGACGACUGUCCUUCGUGGUACUGAGGCUGGCCUUUCUGCCCAGCGUGUGUGAGCUGGUUGUGGACAGCGUGAUGGCCAGGGUGCUGCUGGGUUUACCGUGGACAUGGGCCUUCAUGCUGGGGUUUGUGAUGUCAGUGGUGUCCCCUGCCGUGGUCGUGCCGUCCAUGUUGUCACUCUCACAACGAGGCUACGGCCUUGAUAAGGGGAUCCCGACCUUGAUCUUGGCAGCCUGUUCGCUGGACUCAGUGCUGGCUAUCACAGGAUUCGGUGUCCUGCUGGGUGUUAACUUCUCAAAAGGUGAUGUCGUGUGGAACUCAUUGAAAGGACCAGUCGAGGUGAUCGCCGGCGUGUGUUACGGGUGUGUAGUUGGUGUUUUGCUGUGGUACAUCCCACAGAGAUCUAGUCAAAGUCGUGUCUUCUUCCGGUCUGCCAUGCUAGUGAGUGCUGGACUGGUGGCCAUCUUUGGAAGCAAAGCAAUUGAUUGGUCGGGAAGUGGACCAAUCGGAUGUCUCGCUGUGGCCUUUGUGGCGGGAUAUAGAUGGCGGCAGGAGUACCAGGGGUUAAAGAAUCCAGUGGAAGACGUCAUGUCCGCUCUCUGGAUGGUUUUCAUGCCGUUGUUGUUCAGCUUCAUCGGCGCUGCUGUCAGCGUGCAGAACCUUAAGUCUGUCACGGUAGGCUACGGGGUGGCCAUCUUAUUUGCUGGACUGGCCACUCGUCUUCUGGUCGCCGGCCUGUCCGUACUAAGGACAGAUCUAAACAUGAGGGAGCGGAUCUUCGUGCCCUUGGCCUGGAUCCCCAAGGCCACUGUACAGGCAGCCAUUGGGGGCGUGGCCUACGACACAGCCGUGGAGCAAGGGAAGCCAGACCUGGUAAUCCUCGGCAAGCAGGUGCUGACCAUUGCUGUGCUAGCUAUCCUCAUCGCUGCCCCCAUUGGCUCUCUGCUAAUCGCUUUAAUGGGGCCGCGUCUUCUGCGCAAGAAAGAAAUGCUUGACCAGAGCGAUGACCAGACUACCUCGGGCGGAAGUGAUACAUCCAAAGUACAAGUGGACCAAGUGAGCCUUGAUGUUACUUUAAGCAUGGACAAUUUGGCAGCAAUGGAUGAUAAACACGAACCAUCGGAGCUUGUCGUACCAUCGGAGUUUGUGAAAGUACCAUCGGAGCUUGCCGUACCAUCGGAAUUUGUGAAAGUACCAUCGGAGUUUGUGAAAGUAUCAUCAGAGCGAGCUGCUUUACCAUCGGCUCCGGACAUUGUUUCCGUACCAUCGGCUCCGGAAAUUGUUGCCGUAUCAUCGGCUCCGGACAUUGUUGCCGUACCAUCGGCUCCGGAAAUUGUUGCCGUACCAUCGGCUCCGGAAAUUGUUGCCGUACCAUCGGCUCCGGAUAUUGUUGCCGUACCAUCGGCUCCGGAAAUUGUUGACGUACCGUGGGAGCUGGAACUUCUGCACGAAUCGCCACAGCUGCAACUUGUGGGCGGGACCACAGGUCAUCUUGACCUGACCGAACGUAAACCAGGAUCGUCUGCAACGCCAGGGGAGACGCUUCUAUGGCGACUUUAG